AUGGCAGAUGCGUUACAGGCGCGACAGGAGGUCAUUGCAGAAGCACUAGAAAUUAUGGCAGAGAAACAGAAUACAACUCUUGCGCUUUUACAGCAGUUACUUGGUGAAAAAGCAGUUGGUGUCACAAGCUCUAAAUCUUCAACAACUCGGACUGCUUCUUCUCAGUUUAAGAGAUCUGGAGUGGAUGUUUCCAUGUCGGAGGAUGACAGCGAUCGAUUGUUGUUCUACUCAACCGAAUGGGUCAAUGCCGGGUCUGGGCUCUUUCUUAAGACAAAGAGAAAGAAUUAUAGGGAGUGGAAUUUGAAGUGGAGAGACUAUCUGAUGACAACAUUUGGAAAGGCUGAUGAUAGCGAAAGCAGUUUGAAAGAGCUUGUGGAAAGUUGGGAUGAUGAAAAAGUUGCACACGCAUAUAUGGGUGUUUCGAGAAUCUAUCAUCAAGCUAAGGAUGGGGCGAGUGAAAAUCAAGAAGCUUCUGGAAAGUCAGGUGUCCGAAAUGACAAGACAGGGAAAAGAAAGAGCAUCGAAGAUGGAGUGGAAGACGAAGAGGAAGCUGGAGGUGAAAACAAGAAGCGCACGGGCAGGAGAACCAGACGCAAGAUUGCUAUGGAGGACGAGUCGGAGGAAGAGGAUGAUGAUGAGGCCGAUGACUUGGAGGGUUCGACACUUCUGGAGUAG